UCCCCAAAAUCUACUUGGAAUAUCUCCCUCUUCCUCUCUCUCUCUCCUCUCUUUCUCUCUCUACCUCCGUGUCUGUGCACAUGCAAACUCCAAAAGAGCGCCUCCGAUGAAGCACACCAGAGCACGCCAACCCACCACCCAUGCCGUCAGUCCCCACUCUUUUCUAUGACGAACCUACCCUUCUCCUCCCUCCGCACCACCACCUUCAUCAUCAUCACCGCCGCCAUCCUCUUAGCCGUUAUCCCACCAUCAGCUCAUGCCCUCGGCUCCGGCUCAACCCUUGCCGUAAUAUCCGCUACCGGCACCGUCUGUGGUGUCGUUUCGGACCAACCGCGGCUGCGCAUCGUCUGCUACCGCCGCGGCCAAACCGUCGAGGUCGAGCCCAACAUUUCAUUCUUAGCCAUCUCCGGCGGCCGAACCUCCCUCUGCGGCAUCCGCUCCGGCGGAUACAGCCUCCUCUGCUGGGACAACAUCACCUCCCAAAACUCCACCUUCCAAUCCAAACGCCUUUACUUCAACAGAACCGUUCCGUUAGAAAAUCUCGCAGUCGGCGACGACCAUAUCUGCGCCAGAACCGUCGACACAGACACCGUAGAAUGCUGGCGGCCCAACUUGCCAUCUGGGUCGGACCAAUUCUCCUCGAUUUCAUCUGGAUCGGGCUUCUCCUGCGGAAUUCUGAAACACAGCCUCCAUGUUCGAUGCUGGGGCAGAGCAACUGCAAUGGCGGAAGAAAUACAACACGGGUUCGGAAACAUGUCAAUGGCGACCAUCACAGCUGGCGAGUCGCAUGUGUGUGGGAUCAACACCACCGGGCUUCUGGUCUGCAGGGGAAGCAAUGGCGGCGGUCAGUUGAACGCCCCUUCUGGCUCGCCUUUUGAGUACUCCGCUCUGUCACUCGGAGCAAAUCACAGCUGCGCAAUCAGAACUCAUAAUCAAACAGUCGUCUGCUGGGGAGGAAUGGGCCAGUUUUCAAUUAACAAAACAAGUGGAGUGUCUUUUCAAAUUUUAGCUUCUGGGUCGGAUUUCAUAUGUGGAUUAACCACCAGGAAUUUUUCGAUUGUUUGUUGGGGUCCGGGCUGGCCCAUUCUCUCCGGUUCAGAAUCAGGCGUGGAGCUCGAAUUGCCCGAAAUUCUCCCCGGUUCUUGUGUUAAUUCCUCCUGCAGUGAAUGUGGAAUUUACCCUCAGUCUCAAAGACUCUGUUUUGGUACUGGUAACAUUUGCAACCCCUGUUUUCCUCCAAUUUCAGUGCCCCCAACAGCAUUACCACCGCCGCCAUCAACACCGCCACCGACGUCAACGCGGCGGUCUGCGACGUUGACUACUGGUUUAUUGGUGUUUGCCAUUGUGGGUUCUGUCGGGGGAUUUGCAGGUAUUUGUACAGUUAUUUAUUGUUUGUGGAUUGGCGGUUGUUUUGGGAACAAGAAGAUUCAUAAUUCAGUUCAGCCGACAAUUACUAGAGCUGCAAGCUCAAACAAUGGCAAUGGGACAACGUCAAACAAUAGUCCUCCGUCGAGAUCGUCCACCAUCCGCCGCCAGGGCUCGAGGAUCAUGCGGCGGCAGAGGAGCGGAACAUCCUCGAAGCACCCUGACAGGGCGGAGGAGUUUUCACUGUCCGAGCUCGCGGCCGCCACGAAUGACUUCUCAAUGGAGAACAAGAUUGGCUCCGGAAGCUUCGGAGUUGUAUACAGGGGCAAACUGCAAGACGGCCGGGAAGUUGCGAUCAAGCGAGGCGAAACCGCCUCGAAGAUGAAGAAGUUUCAGGAGAAGGAGAGGGCAUUCGAUUCGGAAGUUGCCUUCUUGUCGAGAGUUCAUCACAAGCACCUCGUGAGGCUUGUCGGAUAUUGCGAAGAGAGGGAUGAGAGGCUUUUGGUAUAUGAGUACAUGAAAAACGGUGCGCUUUUCAAUCACUUGCAUGACAAGAACAAUGUGGAGAGGAGUAGCAGUUUGUUGAAUUCGUGGAGAGUGAGGAUCAAGGUUGCAUUGGAUGCUUCAAGAGGCAUUGAGUAUCUGCACAAUUACGCCGUGCCGCCUAUCAUUCAUCGAGAUAUAAAAUCAUCGAAUAUCUUGCUCGACGCGAAUUGGACCGGGAGGGUGUCUGAUUUCGGGUUGUCGUUGAUGGGGCCGGACUCAGAGGCGGAUUUUAGGCCAACGAAGGCGGCAGGGACGGUUGGCUACAUUGAUCCGGAGUACUAUGGACUCAACUUGUUGACAACAAAGAGCGAUGUCUAUGGAUUUGGUGUGGUGCUAUUGGAGCUUCUGACGGGGAAGAGGGCCAUAUUUAAGGAUGCGGAGAACGAGGGGACGCCUAUAAGCGUGGUGGAUUUCGCAGUGCCGGCGAUUAUGAGCGGGGAGUUGGUGAGGGUUUUGGACAGGAGGGUUGGGCCGCCGGAGGUGAAUGAAUCGGAGGCGAUUGAGCUGAUGGCGUAUACCGCAAUGCAUUGCGUGAAUUUGGAAGGGAAAGAUAGGCCGACGAUGGCGGACAUUGUGGCGAAUUUGGAGAGGGCGUUUGCUCUCUGCGAUGAAAGCCCCGGCAACAUCUCUAGUGGUGGAAACUCCAUUGUGUCUGCAGAGUAAGAGUGAGUAAAAUGUGCUUCCUUCCCAUUAAAGAAAGAAUUGAAUUAUUUCUUCAAAUUUUGUCAAAUUUUUAGGGGAUAAAUUGAAUGGAUUUAAUUAAGAUUUUUACCAUUGGGGGUUGUAAAAAGACUAGAGAUUUAGGGGGUUCUAUCUAACCUUGCUGUAGUGUAACAUUUUGUAAGCACUAACAGCUAGAAAAAUAUAGCCCUUGGUUGCAAUUUUCAA